AUGGCAUCUUUGACCAAAGAACUAGUGUUCCUCGUGCUUCAAUUUCUUGAUGAAGAGAAACUUGAAGAUACCAUGCAUAAGUUAGAACAAGAAUCAGGUUUCUUCUUCAAUGUAAAGUAUUUUGAGGAGAAAGUAUUGGCUGGAGAGUGGGAUCAUGUUGAGAAAUACCUCUUUGGAUUUACAAAAGUUGAUGAUAAUCGAUAUUCUAUGAUGAUCUUCUUUGAGAUUAGGAAGCAAAAAUAUCUUGAAGCUUUAGAUAGGCGAGACAGAGUGAGAGCUGUUGAAAUUCUUGUGAAUGAUUUGAAAGUCUUUCAAUCAUUUAACGAGUAUUUGUUCAAAGAGAUAACAAAUCUUUUAACCCUUAAUAAUUUCAGGGAAAAUGAGCAAUUAUCAAAGUACGGCGAUACUACAUCAGCUCGAAAUAUAUUGCUAGUGGAGCUAAAAAGAUUGAUUGAAGCAAAUCCUCUCUUCCGAGAUAAGCUUGCAUUUCCUCCAUUUAAGUCAUCCCGAUUACGAACCUUGAUUAAUCAAAGUUUGAAUUGGCAACAUCAGAUGUGCAAGAAUCCAAUGACAAAUCCAGACAUUAAAUCUCUACUUAUUAACCAUUCUUGCUCACCUGCAAGUGGAUCCAAUGUACCUACUCCUGUCAACCUUCCUAUGACACCAGUAGUAAAUCCUUCUCCUUAUGCUUCACUUGGAUCGCAUGUUGCGGUAUCAAUUCACAUCAUCCCCACCGCUUCUAAUGUCAAUGCUUUAGCGAGGUGGGCAGUGAAUGCGAAUGCUUCCACCUCUUCCCAAUUACCUUCCCAAUCACCUGUAGGUGCUACUUCCGGUCCCCAAAAUCAAGUAGUGCUGGAUGGUCUAAACAAUGAUCAGGAGCAACUGAUGAAACAGUUGCGAGCUACACAACCUGCAGUGGAGGUUACACACCAUGCUCCACCGGAACAAGCAUCUGGCUUAGAUGAUCUUCCUAGAAUUGUUGUUUAUGCAUUACAACUGGGUUCAUCAAUAACAAGCAUGGAUUUUCAUCCUGUUCAUCAUUCACUACUCCUUGGUAGGUUGAAAUAA